AUGUUCCGUUACGCCCUCUGGAGUGACUGCGUCACGACCGACGACCCGCUGGAUGUUGUGCUGCUCCGCUCUGAUAUACACGCGCUCUUCGAUGCACGACGUUUCUUCCUGGGUGCCCAAGAAAGGGGCGUGGGUCAGCCACGUCUCGUCUGGGAGCCCCAGUGA